CCCCCCCCCCCAGCAACCGGCCUGGCAGCGGCGAGGCCAUAAACUGAGGAGGCGGAGCUGAGAAGCUGUCCCGACUGCUUGCUAACUCCAGGACCAGGUAUGGGACUGGCGGGGCCGCCUGGUUUAAAUUUUCGAAAUUGAAAUAGGUCUACACAUUAGGAACUCAUGUCUUUUCUUGUAAGUAAACCAGAGCGAAUUAGGCGGUGGGUCUCGGAAAAGUUCAUUGUUGAGGGCUUAAGAGAUUUGGAACUAUUUGGAGAGCAGCCUCCGGGUGACACUCGGAGAAAAACCAAUGAGGCGAGCUCAGAGUCGAUAGCAUCCUUCCCCAAGCAGGAGAUCAUGAGUAGCUUUCUGCCGGAAGGAGGGUGUUACGAGCUCCUCACCAUUAUAGGCAAAGGCUUUGAGGACCUGAUGACAGUGAAUCUAGCAAGGUACAAACCAACUGGAGAGUACGUGACGGUCCGAAGGGUUAACCUAGAAGCCUGUUCCAACGAGAUGGUGACAUUCUUGCAGGGGGAGCUUCACGUCUCUAAACUCUUCAACCACCCCAAUAUCCUGCCGUAUCAAGCCACCUUUAUUGCAGACAACGAGCUAUGGGUUGUCACAUCAUUCAUGGCAUAUGGUUCCGCAAAAGAUCUCAUCUGUACACACUUCAUGGAUGGCAUGAAUGAGCUGGCGAUCGCUUACAUCCUGCAGGGGGUGCUCAAGGCCCUCGACUACAUCCACCACAUGGGAUAUGUACACAGGAGUGUGAAAGCCAGCCACAUUCUGAUCUCUGUGGAUGGGAAGGUCUACCUGUCCGGUUUACGCAGCAACCUCAGCAUGAUCAGCCACGGGCAGCGGCAACGUGUGGUCCACGAUUUUCCCAAGUACAGUAUCAAGGUUCUGCCUUGGCUCAGCCCGGAGGUCCUCCAGCAGAAUCUUCAGGGUUAUGAUGCCAAGUCUGACAUCUACAGUGUGGGAAUCACAGCCUGUGAGCUGGCCAACGGCCAUGUGCCCUUUAAGGACAUGCCUGCCACCCAGAUGCUGCUGGAGAAACUGAAUGGCACUGUGCCCUGCCUGUUGGACACCAGCACCAUCCCUGCCGAGGAGCUGACCAUGAGCACGUCACGCUCAGCAGCCAACUCUGGCCUCAACGAGAGCCUGGCCACCAGCACCCCCAGGACCUCCAAUGGUGACUCGCUGUCCCACCCCUAUCACCGAACCUUUUCCCCCCACUUCCACCACUUCGUGGAGCAGUGCCUUCAGCGCAACCCAGACGUAAGACCCAGUGCCAGCACCCUCCUGAACCAUUCCUUUUUCAAGCAGAUCAAGCGACGCGCCUCAGAGGCUUUGCCUGAGUUACUUCGGCCCGUCAACCCAAUCACCAAUUUUGAGGGCAGCCAGUCUCAGGAUCACAGUGGAAUCUUUGGCCUAGUAACAAACUUGGAAGAGCUGGAGGUGGAAGACUGGGAGUUCUGAGUCUCUGGAGAAGGUGCUCACCUCCCAGCAUGGGAUGGACGUGGGAGCCUCUGGGGCCCUUCCUGAGGGCUGGCCACACUCCCGUCCUUCAGGAGCAGACUGGGUAGAGAGGGCAUUUCUGCUCGGAGAGGUGCCUGCUUGCUGACCGGAGAGAAGUUCCUGGAGAGAAACUUCUCUACCGCUCCAAGGCAUCUGAGACACAAGGGAUCCGGACGGGCCAGAAAGCUGACAUUCCCAGCCCAGGGAGCUCUGGCGGCCUCUUCAGAAGGAAGAGAAGCUGGCCCUUGGGGGCUGAAGUUCAAGUCUGGGGUUUGACUCACUGACACAGGGAACUCUGUGACUUCCUCUUCUCACUCUUGUUCUCCUACCAGCCAGAUUCCAUUCUUUUCCAGUGCUCUCAGAUCCUGUGGGUCCACGGAGAGGCAAGCAGUAGGCAAUCUGUGCCCUCUCUCCUCUGACCUCUCCCUGAUAACUGGAGGGAAGGGCAUUUGUUUUCCUUUUUAAGCAUCAGGUUAAAGCUGGGGCAGUUCGUCCUGAUCCUUGUUAUCGCUUGGGCCCUGACACCUAAAACCUGCCGUACUUCGUCUGCAUAGAGCAUUUCUUUCCCACCCAGAGUCCAUCCAUCUUACUGCCUCCUGCCGCUGCCUCGGUGCUUCCUCUGAGGGCCAUGGAGUCUCGCCUAGCCAGGGGGCUCACAUCCUUAUGGCGUGUUAGUUCUGUUGCCAGAACACAUUAAAAUGUUCAGAGCCCCCUCUGGA